GUACAUAUCUGAUACAUCUUCAUCCAAGCCGUGUAUCUCACAGGCAGUGAACAGCAGCACACCGGCUUGUAUUUAUUGCCUUAGCCAGUAUCUGUCUCAUCAAGUCUCACAAGCCUCGAGCUGGAUUCACUCCUAUUCUACCAUUGCAGGCUUGCUUCUUCUUGUGCGCCGCAUUGUUGUCGCCAUCAUUUUCGUUCUGAGUCCAGAUAUUGCGACUCUUUGAUCUUCGAAAUUGCAAGUUCCGGCAUCCUCUUCAGUCUUGGCUUAGUUGCGCACUGGGACUUCAGCCAUGAGGGGCGACACUCUUAUUCAGCGACACCCUCCCACUCCACCAACACUUGUGGGAGAUUUCCAGUCGGGGCUGCAUCGGGUCGCGCAAUACAACGCAGAUCGCGGGUACCCCUACGAGGAGGUGAGCUAUGGCGUUCCUGGAGUGGUCGGUCACGAAGGGAUCCCUUCGCGUACGUCACAUGUCGGAAGCCACACCGGAGAACGAGUCAGUCUAGGAAUGCAAUAUGAUAGCUAUGGUGCUCCGGGGUACUAUCACGCCAGCCAAACCGAUGGUCGCCCGGAUAGUCAAGGUGUCUUCUCGCCGCCAACUCCAAGGUCAACAAAUGACGACGACUAUGCGACACGAUCUUCUCGCAGUGUACGAUCAAAAGCAACCGCGAGUCCGCCUCGGAGACAGGACAGCCCUCAGGCAAAGCUAGCACCAAGAGCCAGGAAGGCAAAGGCAACCAAAGGCGAGAAGGCCAAGACACCCAAGCUGACCGCACCUUUGAGCAUGUUGAGCGAUGCUCUGCACCAGGUUCCCGUCAAGGAUAUGGAGGCGUGGGUCAACCGACCAGCAGACGUCAGGCGGAAGGAGGCCGAGAAGAGGAAUGGUUACAUCACCCGGCCGAUGAACUCUUUCAUGCUCUAUCGAUCGGCCUAUGCAGAGCGCGCCAAGGCAUGGUGCUUGCAGAACAACCACCAAGUCGUGUCGUCGGUGGCAGGAGAGAGCUGGCCACUGGAACCACCGGAGGUUCGCGACCGGUUCAACGACUACGCGAAGAUUGAGCGUAUCAACCACCAGAACGCCCACCCAACAUACAAGUUCUCGCCCAGCAAGACAGUCGCACCUCCGCGGAAGCGAAAGGACGAGUGGUCGGAUGAAGAGCCGAGCGACCUUGACGAUGCCGAGUGGGCGCGGUCUAGGCAAGCGAAGCGGUUCCAGCGCUCGAUCAGCUAUCCACCCAACCUCGCACCACCGGAGUACUUGGAGCGUUCGUACGGACCCAAUGCCAACGGUAUGAUGCGGUCCUCCUGGGAGAUGACCAACGAAGGACGACCGAUGCCAAUGCCCAUGCACCACGACAUGUACAACCAGUACUACCAAACGGCGGUAUUUCCCAACAUGCAUGUGGGUGCGCACUACAGUGAAGACCUUCGCAUGCGCCGAGUAGGUGUUCCAGGAGCGGAUCCAGCGCCAGCACAGGCUUUGCAGUUCUCAUCAAACCAACUGCUUGGCCUGCCUGGUGGCGACGCAAGCGACUUGAUGAACCAGCUGCAAGCCCAGGUCACAACACCCUUUGACGAGGGACAAGUUGACCCAUUGCUGUUGGCGUACGAUGGUGGCCAUCACUCAGAAGUAGACCCUGUUGCUCUCCAGCAGGACUACCGCAAUGGCUAUCCCAACAUGAUGGAUGAGAAGUACGGCCAGCAGGAGAUCAACAGGCUAUUGGAGAUCGAGCACCACCACGACAGCUACAACUCCUCGUGGCAGUCUGAUCCAACGAUGUCUUCGUUUGAUCAAGAGUCCGAGUUCGAUAAGUGGGUGGGCGAGCAUUGAUAGACCGGAUGGGAGACGUCGAUGAUGUUCUCUGACAGAUAUGACCGCAUACGCAUGAUUGUGAGUUGCACGAUGGAUACCCCCUGUUGGUUUUCGGUUCAGCACGGCUUUGAUGGACCAAACCCAAACAUCUUUAUAUGCAUCGGCGGCGCCAUUUGUUGUUUUGUAUGUUAGCCAUAGAAUUCGCGUCCUCGUAGAACGAUUGCGACCGAAUGAAACACGUCACUGA